AGGGCCCAGUAUACGACGGAGGAGAAUUCAUCGAGCCCUGUUUACAGGUCUAGAAGGUAGUGGGUUUGACCUUGUGUUGGUUUUGAUUGGUCAUGCAUAAAUUCAGCCUGAUAGUUCUAAUUUUGAAUCAAACGCACUGCUCAAGAAUGCCAUUGGCACUGCCUCAACAUAAUCACAGGAAUUGAAGGAGGAUUUUGAAGGAUUGAGGCAGCAGGCACACUUCAAAGUAAUAUUUUCAAAAAACUUUGGAGGAUUCUGUCCAGAGGAUUGAGAACUGUCCCCAGCAAAAAGGGCCUAGGGGUUAGGGUUAAAUGAAUAAUCCUGUGUUUUUUAUAAAUUUCAAAUUUGUGCUCAAUGCUGUCACACCUGUAUGUGUGACCCAAGAAAAACUGCUCAAACAAUAUUGCUCAAGUUGCAAUUUGUGCAUUUUCACACACUGCGCUCACAAAUUUUGACAAAACCAUAAAAAUAGCAUCAACCGACCACACUCCCAUUCAAUAUCAUGACUGCACUAGACCGCAUUCACCAUCACUGAAUGACACAACGUCCAUGAUGUCCAUGUUGCACACGGAUGUGGACAUAACCAUGAUGACCAUGACUGAUGAAAUACAGUCAGUAGGCCUAGCAUGAUCAGCAGAAGUGCAGGCACACCGCCCAUGUUUGGAGAUUAUGAAGCACAGAGGCACUGGAUGGAGAUCACCACAAACCUGCCCAUCAAACAGUGGUACACAAACACCACAGACAAUGACCUUCUCUACUGGGGCUUAGACUACCCACCUCUAACCGCCUACCACAGCUGGCUGUGCGGCAUAAUCGCUUACAAGAUUAAUCCUGACUGGGUAGCUUUGAAUUCUUCCAGAGGAUACGAGAGCCGUGAACAUAAACUUUUUAUGAGGUAUUCAGUCCUGGCUGUGGAUGUCUUGCUCUACAUCCCCGCCGUCCUUGCCUUCUGCUCGUGGACCCUGACCGAACAGUUGGAGGUCAACCAACUGAAGACUGCGGCCGCCUUCCUCCUGUACCCUGGACUGAUCGUCAUUGACCACGGCCAUUUCCAAUACAACUGUGCCAGCCUUGGCUUUGCAUUGUGGGCCAUGGUUGCCCUGGCAACCAAUCACGACCUCCUGGGGUCAAUUGCCUUUGUCUUGGCCCUGAACUACAAGCAGAUGGAGCUGUACCAUGCUCUACCGUUCUUCUGCUGUCUGCUGGCAAGAUGCAUCUGGGAGACCAGACUGCCGUUACUGUACCGUUUCUGGAAGCUAGUCCAGAUUGGUGUUGUUGUCGUUGCUACCUUCGUUCUGUGUUGGCUUCCGUUUUUAUCAGACAUGGACGUCUUUGUUCAGGUGUUGCGUAGGCUCUUCCCCUUUGACAGAGGGCUGUUCGAGGACAAAGUCUCCAACUUCUGGUGCAGCAUCAGUGUCAUCAUCAAAAUCAAGAAUAUCCUAUCCCAAGAUGCAUUGGUCAAACUCUGCCUAGCGACGACUGGGGUAUGCUUACUACCCCUGUGUGCUGAUCUGUUGAGAGCCAGCGUUAGAUCAGCAAGCAGUAUAUUAAAAUUUCACUACUCCUUGAUAAAUAGUUCUUUAGUAUUCUUCUUGUUUUCCUAUCAAGUUCAUGAGAAGAGCAUCCUUCUUGUAGCUUUGCCUGUUUGUUGCCUUCUUGAUGUUCACCCACUGCUCUGUUCUUGGUUUCUUCUUAUAUCCACAUUUAGCAUGCUACCACUUCUCAUCAAGGAUCAGCUCUUCUUGCCUUACCUUGCCCUCUGCCUCAUGUUCCUGGUUGUGGCAAGGAUGUCAUUCAGGGAAAAGUCUGUCAAAUUCAAAGUUCUGGUUGCUUGCUCCUUGCUAGGAGCCAUGGCCCUCAGCAUCACCAGUGUGAUAUUGGAGCCCCCAGCUAGGUAUCCUGAUCUCUAUGCCGUGCUGGUCUCGGUGUAUUCCUGUGCACAUUUCCUCGUCUUCCUGGUCAUCUUCUACAUCAUGCAGCUGACCACGGAGGUGGAAAACAUCGCGGUGACCAAUGCUUACCACAUCAGCAGAGGGAAUGCGGCAGCGGGCCACCACUUGAAGCAAAGUACCGGGAAAAAGGGGAAACCAAAACGUAAAAUGCAAAAAGUGGAGUAGGUAUAGUUUGUCAUGUCCUGGGUUGUCACUGAUUAAUCAUUCCUCCAAGAAAUUUUCUUUCAAUGAUAUUUAUCUCCUACUCUAAGGCAGAGUUUGGGCGGCAUGUUCUCGUAUGUUCACUAACAGCUUGAUUUGUCGUUCUUGGAUUGGCCGCUCGAAUGCCGGGUACAUACAAUUGGUUAUCGCUGGUAGGCCUAGUUAGUGACAAGCAACAUGUCGGCGUCCA